CACUUUGUUUGUACCGCCGAUUAUUAUUAUUAUUAUUUCAAUAAUUCUGCUCUCCCCAUUCCCCGUCUGCUUCUCCCCUUCUCUUUUCUCCUUUUAUUUUUAUUCUUCUCCCUUCAUUUCCUCUAUUCGUCCGUUUCUUUCUUUCUUUCAAUAAUAUUUGCUUUUUAAAGGCCAAUCCUUUCAGAUCCUAAAUGAUCGGUUCCUCUCUUUGAUAUCUUCUUCAUAAACGUUACAGUUUAGGGGCGUUUUUUAUUCGGAUCUGUGCAGUUAGUGUUGUUGGAACUGAAUCAAAAGAGCUUUUCGUAUCGCAGCGGUUUUGAUCUCAAUAUUCUCCUUUCCUGCUUUCCCCACUAUCCAUCUCACGGCUUCUUUCUUGUUCAGGUUUUACCUUCGCUUAUCUAUCUUUGAAUAUCAUGGAAUUUCUUUUUAACCAAAAAAAAAAAAGAAAAAGAAAAUUAUAUAUUUUGUGAAGGAUCUACUUUUGGCAGUUAAUUUGAAGAUCGACGAUCUAGAGAGCAAUUCCGUAAAAAAAAUAAAGAGAAUAUUGAGGUAGAACUUUACAGAAGUGCUCUCUCCUCCCUCUAUUUGCAUCCUACUAUUUCUAGCAGAGUUUCCAAAUAUUUUCACAGGCCACAUCAGCUUAGAAUAAGGCAAAUUCUCAGUUGUCACUGUUCAGAGAGCUAUAUAAAUUAUAGCAGUUUAGGUUAUAAGAUAGGAAAAUGUUAGGAGGCAACAACAGUAAUCCUGUGCUUCCCAUUUUCCUGGAUGAGAAUAGUCUUCAGUAUCAGGCUAGUGCAUCGAAUCAACUGCAAUUAUUUGGAAGCUUGCCAGCCGGGUGUACCAUUGAUCCUGUGAAUUAUUUUGGAAAUGAGCAUCUCGCACCCAUGAUUCAACCCAAUAAAAGAGGCAGGGAAGCAGAAGAUAUUCAAAGGCAGCAAAAGCUACAAAUUUCCUUGAAUUAUAACAUUUGUAAAGAGGAAGCUGACCAUUCAGCUAGCAUUCCAAAUCCUAAUGCCGUGUCAACUGGCUUACGGCUAUCUUAUGAUGAUGAUGAGCGGAACUCAUCUGUGACUUCUGCUAGUGGAAGCAUGACACAAGGGCCAUCAAUGAUCUUGUCACUUGGUGACAACAUUAGAAGUGAACUUGAUCGUCAGAAAGAGGAAUUUGAUCAAUAUAUCAAAAUUCAGGAAGAGCACUUGACAAAGGGAAUAAGAGACAUGAAGCAGAGACACAUGGCUUCUUUUCUUGAUGCUAUUGAGAAAGGCGUUAGCAAGAAGCUUAGGGAGAAAGACAUAGAACUAGAGACCAUGAAUCGCAAGAAUAGGGAACUGGUUGAGAGAAUAAAGCAGGUGUCAAUAGAAGCCCAUAAUUGGCACCGUAGAGCGAAAUACAAUGAGUCGGUUGUUAACUGCUUGAAGAGCAACCUUCAGCAAGUAAUCUCACAGGGUGCUGAACAGGGGAAGGAAGGUUUUGGAGACAGUGAAGUUGAUGAUGCUGUCUCUUAUAUUGAUCCGAACAACUUUCUCAGCAUUCCUGUUGGUGCUCCAAAGUCUGUUUCCAGAAAUCACCGUGGCAUGAAGGAACACAUGAUUUGCAGAGCAUGCAAGGCAAAGGAGGUCUCCAUUUUGUUGAUGCCGUGUAGGCACCUUUGCUUAUGUAAAGACUGUGAUGUAAUAAUCAGUAUUUGUCCUGUAUGCCAGGUAAUGAAAACAGCCGGCGUCCAAGUGUACUUAUCCUAAACUGUGAUGCAAAUUACCCAAAAGAUGAAAAAUUUACACCCUUUUCAUCCGUGUGACAUGCCAGCAUUUUCUUUACCCCAACCAGACAAUUUAUGAAAAGUAAAAAGUUUCUUGAAAUGGUGUUUACAUAGCA